AUGACUUUCAAUAUAUUAAAAAAAACACUAUCAUUUUUUAUUUUAUCUAUUAUUUUAUUAUUUUCUUUAAAAUGUAAUGCCAAAAAAGAAAAUUCAAAUAAUGAUAAGAUUUUUAAUAUAAAUGAAAAUAAAGAAGAUGACAAUAUAUAUAAUCAUAGUUUAAUUUUUGAUAGAAAUACUACAUAUUUUUGUUCUUACUAUUCAAAAUGUCUUGAUAUAUUGGAGGAAAGACAUCGAGAAUGUUUGAUGUAUUCAAAAAAAAAUGAAAAACAUAAUUCUAAAAAAUGUGAAUUAGGUAAAAAGUCAUUUCAAAAAAUGAUAAAUGGAAGUAUAUUAAGAAAAAUUGAAAUUACCAAAGAUUGUGUUAAUAAAAAUAUUUUAGAAAGUCAAAAUAUGGAUAUAAGUGAUAGGAAAAAAAAUAAAUGCAAUAAAAUUAUUAAAAAAUAUUUUGAUAACAUUAAGAUACCAAGAAAUUUAGAUACAAUAAAAGAAAAUUAUAACAAAGGAAAAGACAAGAUAAAAAAACCACUUAAACAAAUUCGUAGAUGUUAUAAAACAAAAAAAUUUUGGCAAAAACAAUGCUAUACACUAUCAAAAUGUUGUUCAAUUGGUAAAAAAUGUGAAAUGGGAAAUGGUAAAUUUAAAAAGAUCAAGUUAACUAAAGAACGCAAAAAUUUAGAUGAUAUAACAUGCAAUGAUGACAAAUAA